AAAAUUAGCCGCCGUCAAAUGUCAUAACAAAUUCUAUAAACAAAAAAUAAAAACGUGAAUUUCCAAAAAUUGCGAAAUAGCAACGCAUAUUUCCAUAAACGCAUUUGGCCAUGAAGCAAAGUAAACUUUUAUUCAUCUACCAAACCAACCACAACAGAAUCAUAUUUCAUCUUUAAACUUCAUCAUUAGUGUUUUAAACAAAAUCUCAAACAAAAAAAUGGAAUCAAAUCACACCGUAAUUCACUGGUUUCGCAAAGGCUUACGAAUCCACGAUAAUCCAGCUCUCGUAAAAGCAUGUGAACUAAUUAAUCAAAAUUCAAAUUAUAAACUCCGUCCAGUAUUCAUUCUAGAUCCAGCUAUUCGCAAAUGGAUGAGAGUUGGCGCAAAUCGUAUGCGUUUCCUACAAGAAUCUUUACUACAACUAAACGAGAAUCUCCAACGUAUCAAUUCACGAUUAUACGUUGUUCGGGGUAUUCCCGAUCAAGUAUUUCCAAAACUACUCAAAUCAUGGAAUGUCAAAGUCCUGACUUUUGAAACUGACAUUGAACCGUACGCAAGGAAGCGUGACGCUUCUGUUGUCAAGUUGUGUAAUGAACAUAAUGUGGAAGUUGCCCAAUUUAGUUCCCAUACAAUUUACAAUCCAGAAAUUGUAUUGCGUCGCAAUAUGGGAAAACCUCCUCUAACCUAUCAGAAGUUCCUUUCACUCGUUGAGAAACUGCCAGUUCCUGAACCGGCUUCCGAACCGGGAAAGCUUCCAAAAAGCAAUCAACCUUCGGCAGACGAGGAGGAAACACUCAAUCCAAAGUGUUAUGAUCCACCUUCGAUUGCCGAGGUUAUUGAGCGGGUUCAGGAAUUGGGAAUAAAUAAGUUCCCUGGAGGUGAAACUGAAGGUCUUCGUCGUUUAGACGAAAGCUUAAAAAAUAGCUCAUGGGUUUGUAGUUUCGAAAAACCAAAUACAUCCCCAAACUCUCUAGAACCCAGUACAACAGUUCUUAGUCCAUAUCUCAAAUUUGGAUGCCUUAGUUCUCUUUUGUUCUAUAAAAGACUUAAGAAGAUCCUCGAAAAGAACUCAAAGCACUCUAAACCGCCAGUCUCUCUCAUGGGUCAAUUGAUGUGGAGAGAAUUUUAUUACACUGCUGGGGCGGCUGAACCUAAUUUCGAUCGAAUGAUUGGGAAUUCGAUUUGUUUGCAAAUUCCUUGGGAAAAGAAUGACGAGCAUUUAGAAGCUUGGGCUCAUGGUCGGACAGGGUAUCCAUUUAUCGAUGCGAUAAUGCGUCAACUUCGUCAAGAGGGUUGGAUACACCAUUUGGCAAGGCAUGCUGUCGCGUGCUUUUUAACCCGUGGAGACUUGUGGAUCUCAUGGGAAGAAGGACAGAAAGUCUUUGAAGAACUACUACUCGAUGCUGAUUGGGCAUUGAAUGCCGGCAAUUGGAUGUGGCUUUCUGCAUCGGCAUUUUUUCAUCAAUUCUUUCGUGUUUAUAGUCCAGUUGCAUUUGGAAAGAAAACCGAUCCACAGGGUAAUUACAUAAAGAAAUAUGUACCGGAAUUGAAAAAAUAUCCUAGUGGAAUUAUCUAUGAACCAUGGAAGGCAUCGACUAUUGCACAAAUGCAAUAUGGUUGUGUUAUUGGGAAAGAUUAUCCUAAAAGGAUUGUCAUUCAUGAGACUAUUCAUAAGGAAAAUUUGAAGAAAAUGAGUGAAGCUUAUAAGGUUAACAAGGAUGUGAAAGGAAAUGCAAAGCCUGAACCUGAAGGUGGAAAGCGGGCGGCUAAAUCUUCGAAACCUCCAGCCAAGAGAGCGAAGCAUUAAUAUUUUUUUUUUGUACUUAAAUUGUUUAAUACUCAUUUUUUGUUCGCUUUUUUAUAAUAAACACUUUUUUUGUUUAAAUAA